CCUAACUAUAUCUCUCCUUGCAGUGUCAACGUUCAGACUCCAGAGUCUCUAUUCGAGUUCUCAGCCUCGACCUCUUAAAACAAUUAAAACAACCAUGUCUUCUACUAUCACCUUGCCACCAGGCUUCGCCUUCACCCAGACAGUUCACAAUGCUCCCUAUCAUGCAAUCGCGCCGUCGCGGCCUGAGCUCUCGCAGGCAGGGAAGACUGUGCUCAUCACGGGCGGCCACACGGGCAUAGGUUAUGCCAUCGCGCGGGCUUUCGCCCAGGCCAGCGCAAAAAGGCUUAUCAUCAUCGGCCGGCGGGACAACUUGGUUGCCUCCGCCGCAACACGCCUCGCAUCCGAGUUUCCCUCGACUCAGACCGUAGGGCUCAGAUGCGACAUUGCCGACGCCGAGUCCGUUGAUAGGCUGUGGAAUGGCCUAGCAAACGACAAUACUUUUGUCGACGUCGUCGUGCUUAACGCAGCCAAGCUCUCACCGCAGCCUAUUCUCGACCUAGGCAGGGACAAGGUGUGGGAAGAGUACAUUAUCAAUGUAUGGGCACACCUUGACUUUACCGAACGGUUGUACAAGCAGCCAGGUGCUAAAGUCCGCCAAAAAGCACUUAUCAAUUUGGCUUCUCUUGCGAUCCACGAGAGUAAACUCACCGGCCAGUACCCAAGCUACGCAGCCACUAAGAGUGCGGGGACAAUGCUAGUGCAACAGAUCGCUAAGGACGUCCCUCCGGAAGAGCUCCAGAUAGUUAGCUACCAUCCUGGCGGUGUCUUCACAGAACUGGCAGAACUCGCGGGUUUCGAGAAGGAUGACCCUCGAUGGGACGAUGAGAGCGCUGACGCCGAUGCAGAGAAUUUACCGGGGCAGUUUGCUGUGUGGGCUGCGUCUCCAGAAGCAAGGUUCUUGCAUGGGAGGUUUGUAUGGGCAAAGUGGGAUGUGACAGAACUGCUCAACGGGCCACUAAGAAAGCGUAUUGAUGAGGAUGACUCCUUUCUCAAGGUGGGUGUUGUGGGGAUUGAAGAAUGGGAGCAGUCACAGAGGGGCAAAAAGGCCCCCAGACAAGAUCCAGUGUCCUGCGAAUCUUGUCGGCGGAAGAAGCUCAAAUGCAAUCGUCAGCGACCAUGCAGCAGCUGUGUUACUCGAAGGCUGUCCUGCAGCUAUGGUAUAUCGCUGGAGAGGAUUGAACCUGCGAUAGUUGAAGUGGAAAAUGCAAGCCACACUAAUACUGCUCCAAGCCAAGGUAUUAGAGGCCAGCCGAGGGAGGCUGGCGACAUUAUUGCUCCUUCUAUCACGGAUCCUCGACCAAUGCGGACGAGUAAUGAAUCGGUCAAAACAGCGGACUGGCUAGAAAAUAUCGUCAUGUCAGAUCGAGUUCCAACUGUAGUUUCGAGGCAUCUGCAGGACGAAAUCAGCCAGUCUGAAGCUGCUCAUGACCCAUCCGGGGACAAUGGAGAUUCACGCCUUGGUGAAGUGGUCCCAAAUUUCUUUCGGCAUCGGUUGGCAUCGAGUGAAAAUCCGAUGACGGUCGAUCUUGCGUCUUACCUCCCAGAGAUGUCGAGAACAAUGGCACUGUUCAGAUACUAUUGUCAAUACAUCGAUUAUCUGUAUCAUGUCAUCAUUCCGUCGCGUGUCGAAGAUCAAAUCAAUCGCAUUUACCAUUGCAUCGAAAAAGGCAUACCGGUCGAUUUAGCCCACGUAGUGCUACUGUUCAGCAUAUUGGCCAGCUCUGUUUAUUUUCAGUAUUCCAAUGGUAUAUCCACCUUCGCGGAGAAAUGUAGCCGCGAAUUCAUUUUCUUAACCGGUGCCGCAUUGAUAAGGAGCAAUUACAUUGCAUGUCCCACCCUUGAGGGACUCCAGGCGUCGCUCAUUGUCAUGCAUUAUCUGCCUAAUCCAAGUUUCCACUCAUCGGUCUGCGCUCUGUUUCUACACGGGACGAUCAUUGGUCAGGCAAAAAGUCUCAUGCUGCAUUGCACUGACUCGUCCCCCAGUCGAGAAGAAAGGGAAGCGCAUGGAUUCGACGCACUUGAGCUUGAACUAAAGAGACGACUUUGGUGGGAUAUAGCGAGUUUUGAUUGGCUGUUAGGUUUCUUGAGCGGUCCCCAGGAGUGGACAUAUUUGAUUAACCCCCAGCUCAUGAAUGUCCGGAAACCAUUGAAUAUUGAUGAUGAAGACAUCCAGGGCAGAGCAGCCGCCACACCAUCGCCAAUAUCCGAGCCAACGCAGAUGUCCUACACUCUUCAGCGACUCAACCUGGCAGUCGUAUGUCGCGAAAUAGUGGACAUGACGGCAUACGAACACAUGCAUGGAAUCGACGUCGGCUACCACAAAAUCCUCGAAUUGGACCGCAAGCUGCAUCAAGCAUAUAACAAUCUUCCGGAUUUCUAUCGGCUCGAUACUGUUUCCAGGCGUCGUUUUGCAGCCCUCUAUCGUAGCCGGCCGAGGUGUCUUUUGCAGCAAGCUUAUCAUUCGCGUUUCUGCCGACUGCACCGUCUGUACUUUAUCCGGGGAGCACGAGAGCCCGCGUAUUCGUAUUCGCACGUCAUCUGCCUCCAGUCUGCGCGUAAAGUGCUGGAAAUCAAGAGAAUCAUGGACGAGGACGAACCAAAGUUCAUGCCGCCAACAUCCACUGUCUGGUCUGUGAUGCAUCACGUUUUCAUGGCUGCAGUGAUUCUUCUGAUGGAUGUGUGCUUCAACUGGGAUGACCUUCUGGCUGAUAAGAGGAAGCAAGAGGUGCUUGAUGCGUGUCGUAUGCUCAGCCAGGCUCAACGAACAUCGUCCUUGGUUAGUCAGGGUAUCCAGGCCAUGAUGGACGUGCUGCAAAAGCACUGGAAAAGUGCCAAGCACUCCUCCGCCGAUGGACAGCCUUCGAAUUUACCAUCGUCUCCUGCCUUGGGUGCUACCGCUGUGGCAGAGCCAGCGCAACUCGUUUCUUAUCGAGACUCGGCAAAUGCAACUGAUACAAAAGGUUCGCCCGCAGACCCCUCUUUUCUCAACGAUCAAAAUGAGAGUCAUGAGAGACCCCUCGAGGAUAUAUGGACGGAGAUGCUUGACAGUGGCGGGGACUUGAAUUUUGCAACACCAGACUGGACGGACUUGUUGACCGAAUUGACAAAUGCCACGCUGCCGUCUCCCUUUUGGGCGAUGAUCACCGAGGGCGAGUCGGUGUUCAUCUCCCACUCUCAAAUCCCAGAAUACAUCCCCUCGAAGCCAAUCAGCGAUGAUGGGGAUAUUGCUCUUCUCUACGCAACAGUAUCCAAUCCUGUUUCUGUGGACGACGAAGCUGACGUCCAGGCUUACGAUGAGUACCUGCAUACCUCGCCUGGGCUUACGACUUCGCUUGGCACGGUCCUACGAACGAUCGAUCUGCGUCCGGGAAAGAUGAGUCCCAUGCAUCGAACGGUUAGCGUUGACUACGGAGUGGUUCUGGAGGGCGAAGUCGAUCUGAUCCUGGAUUCUGGGCAGAGUCGGACAUUGCGGCGCGGGGAUAAGUUGACUAUUAAGGGCCGAGAUUUGGACCAGGAAGUGUAUGACGAGCACUAUGAUCAUGACAGUGGGAGUGAGGAUGAAUCACAAGCUAAGAGCUCUUGA